CCGUCUCUCUCUCUGUCUCUCUCUGCCUCGCGCUGCUGCUGUCGGCGCGAGGCUGCCGCCGAGAGCGGAGCGGAGCGAGCGGCGCCGGCGCUGUGCAUGCUGGGCUCCGAUCAUGGUGGGCUCGCGCUAGAGGCAGGAAGGGCUCGAGCCAGUCCCCCCCUCGCCCCCGGUAGCCGCGCGCCUCCCGGUCGGCGAGUCCCGGGGAGAGAAGACACCGACCGGGAAGGGGGCUGGUACCCGCCGGGCGCUCGCUCUGUCCCGCACCGCAGCGCCUCGGGACCGCUCGCCGGAGGAGGAGGAAGGGGGGGUUGCCCCGGGUGCCAGCCGCUGUGGGGGGACGGGACCGGACCGUGCCCCCCGCCGCUGCCCCCCGCGUGCCCAGCCCCGGGAGAUGGUGACACAUGAGGCGCGCUGGCAGGAGCAUGGUUGAAAGGACCAGCAAGUUCUUGCUGAUCGUGGCCGGCUCGGUGUGCUUCAUGCUCAUCCUGUACCAGUACGUGGGGCCGGGGCUGAGCCUGGGGGCGCCCAGCGGCCGCGCCCCGGCCGAGGAGCUGGACCUCUUCCCCACGCCGGACCCGCACUAUGUCAAGAAGUACUACUUCCCCGUGCGGGCGCUGGAGCGGGCGCUCGCCUUCGACAUGAAGGGCGAGGACGUGAUCGUCUUCCUGCACAUCCAGAAGACGGGCGGCACCACCUUCGGCCGCCACCUGGUGCAGAACGUGCGGCUCGAGGUGCCCUGCGACUGCCGGCCCGGGCAGAAGAAGUGCACCUGCUACCGGCCCAACCGCCGGGAGACCUGGCUCUUCUCGCGCUUCUCCACCGGCUGGAGCUGCGGGCUGCACGCCGACUGGACCGAGCUCACCAGCUGCGUGCCCGGCGUGCUGGACAAGAGGGAGAGCGCCGCGCUCAAAGCCCCCAGAAAAUUUUACUACAUCACGCUGCUGAGAGACCCUGUGUCCCGUUACCUCAGUGAAUGGAGACACGUCCAACGUGGAGCUACCUGGAAAACUUCCUUGCAUAUGUGUGAUGGUCGGACACCAACCCCUGAAGAGCUGCCAUCAUGCUAUGAAGGCACAGACUGGUCAGGAUGCACGCUGCAGGAGUUCAUGGAUUGCCCGUAUAACUUGGCAAACAACCGCCAAGUGAGGAUGUUGGCUGACUUGAGCUUGGUGGGCUGCUACAACAUGUCUUUUAUCCCUGAGAACAAGCGAGCACAGAUCCUGCUAGAGAGCGCAAAGAAGAACCUUAGAGACAUGGCCUUUUUUGGCUUGACAGAGUUCCAGAGGAAGACUCAAUACCUGUUUGAGAGAACUUUUAAUCUGAAAUUCAUCAGGCCCUUCAUGCAGUACAACAGUACAAGGGCAGGCGGAGUGGAGGUGGAUAACAACACCAUACGGAGGAUUGAGGAGCUCAAUGACUUGGACAUGCAGCUCUAUGACUAUGCAAAGGACCUUUUCCAACAGCGCUACCAGUACAAGCGGCAGCUGGAGAGGAUGGAGCAAAGGAUAAAGAAUCGGGAAGAGAGGCUUCUUCACCGGUCCAACGAGGCACUUCCCAAGGAAGAGACAGAAGAGCAAGGACGCUUGCCCACUGAGGACUACAUGAGCCAUAUUAUAGAGAAGUGGUAGCCUACGCAGACUUUUAUACUGAAUGGGAUUCUAGGGUUUCCUGUUAAAAGAUCAUGGAAGUAAAAAUACAAAACCACCCCCAACAAAUCAUUUAUUUAAAAGCAAGACUGUAAAACAGAAGGUAGCAUUCUUCUUUAAACAAUGGGUCUUUUUACUGUUUCUUACAAGACCAAUGAGAUUCUUAAAAAAA